CGGCACUCUGGGAAUCUUUCUUUCCCCGCCACGCGCCACGCGCCACUCUUAAACCCUAGAAAAGCCCCACAACCCAACCAACGGUUACACUCUUUCAAAGCCCAGGACUUGAACUCAUCGGAAAACCCUAAAUGGAGGUGGUGGUGGCCUCCUCUUCCGUCGAAGCAGACAUCGCCUGCUGGGACUUCAACACCGGCGCCGAGCUCCUCCGGUUCAAGUCCUGCGCCUCUCCCAAUCACGGCCUCGUCUCCGUCGGCGACCGAUUCCUCGCCUCCUCCCAGCUCCGUCAGACCAAUGGCUCUGUCAAGUACUGGGCCUGGUCCAAACCUCAACCUGAUGCCAGGAGCUCGCAAGACGAACCGAUCAAGCCGCUUGCUGCUAACAGAGAGGGCACCUAUGUUGCUGGUGGAGGUGUCUCUGGGACUAUCUACUUGUGGGAGGUUACUAGCGGUAGGCUGCUUAAGAAGUGGGAUGCUCAUUAUAGAGCUGUGAGUUGCUUGAAAUUUUCAGAUGAUGGCACCAUACUGUUUUCGGGGUCUGAGGAUGGAGAAAUUAGAGUCUGGAACCUUGUAACGAUAUUUGAUGAUCAUCAAAGUCAACAUGAAAAGCAUCGGUACUUGCUUAGUUAUACCGAGCAUUCGCUUUCUGUAACGGAUAUGGUGUUAGGGUUUGGAUAUGAUCCCAUUAUUGUGUCGGCUUCAGAGGAUCGAACGUGCAAGAUUUGGAGCUUUUCAAGAGAAACAUUAUUGAGAAAUAUUGUUUUUCCCACAAUAAUUGAUGCAAUUGCAAUGGAUCCCGGUGAAAAUCUCCUCUUUGCUGGUGGUAGAGAUGGAAAUAUAUAUGUGGCCGCACUUAAUACUGCAAGGACAGCUAGCAGCAAAUAUGGAAUGCAUAUCCUCAAUCGCUUCUCAAAUCACAGCAAGGCAGUUACUUGCUUGGCGUGGGGACUAUCUGGAAACUAUUUGAUUUCUGGAUCAGAGGAUGGCGUGGUUCGAGUAUGGGAUGCUAAAACUGCUAACAUUGUCCGUGUGCUCAAACAUGCAAAAGGUCCAGUGAAUAAUAUUCUAGUUAUUAGACAGCAAGUUUCUCAGAUGAUCCCAAAUUCACAAGCCUCCUCUAGGAGGCAUGGUUCCUCAUUACCACCUCCACUAGAAAAGCGUAUAUAUGAAGCAGAUAAAGAUGCAGGUUUUAAGGCAGUCAUCGGUCUCCAGGAUACUUGCAGUAAAUCUACAGAUGCAGUGUUUGUCACUUCCGACGUGAUGGAGCGUCAAAUCAGAGAGCUUCAGCAACAAGGUUCUGCUUCAGCUGAAAUGGAGAUUGAGAGACUAAAGCUUGAGAAUAAAAAAUGCAUACAAAUGGUUCAGCAGUGGAAGAAAAUGUAUGACAAUUUGCACCAGUUCUGUGUAAAUGAGCUUGUCGAUGGUGAUAAAGGAGGAGCCCCAAAUGGAAAUGCCCCCUGAAUGUAGCUGAUUUGGCGCAACAGCUACAGAUAAAAUCAGCAUAGGGUUAUGAGAUGUAUGUUCCUUUCUUGUUUUGUUCUUUGCAAUCAAUCUUCAUUCUAUGAGUUUUGUAUCUCUGUUAUUUGGACUACCAGUUUCCAUAUGUACGUCUUUCAGUUCCAGUAAUAUUGAAGUAGCUUGUUUGAUAUAUGAAAAUUCCAUUCUGUUGCACCCUCUUUA